UACAUGCCGCCUAAAGGAAAGUAAUUGUGCCGGUACUUUUUGAUUUGGUGUGAAUGGGCCAUUGUCGGGUGAUGCUCGAGGCUUGAUUGCUGUUUUGUUCCGGAGGUGAGCUGCGACGGGAGCUGGAGCCGAGGUCGGGCUGCGAUGGGAACAGGAGCCGAGGUCCACGACAGAGAGAUGAAUUCAAGGCUCCAAUCUGCAGCGGCUAAAGGGAAGUGUUUCUCUCAAACCCUUACCUGAUGUGUGUGUGUGGGUUGCUGCUGGGUUGGUUUUGCGCUGAGACCUGCUUUUGAUCUUGGCAGGGCCGUGGCGAGCGUGGGGCUAAGCGAGGUCUACGCUGGAGGUACGACGCGACGCUGGGUCCUGCUUGUUGAGAGCGCAUCGCCUGGCUCUACACGGGGACUGUGGUGGCCUAUCGUUUUCUUUGGUCGGCGAGGGGGAGCCGCCGACCAAACGUGGAUUUCUUCACCCUCACUUCGGGUUGGCGGGGCACCCGCGCCACUUACAGAAUUGGACCAAGUCAGCCCUCUCGUGUGGGUGAUCGUGCGAUCAUUGGGAACUGAGUCGAGUAUCUGGACUGGGGAUACAUCUGUGGUGAGCUAACCUGUGACUGUGCCAUACUGUGCGUGAUAUUGUGGUCAACCGUUUGCCGUGUGCUGCUUGUCCUGCGUGUAGUGUAGUAGUCCUAGUGUGUGUACUAGUGAAACAAUUUGCAGUGUACUGUGUGUGAUUCUCAACCAAGAGUGCAGUGUUCUCGUGGAUUGCUGUGUGUUCCAAAUCGGUCGCAGUGUAACGUGCAUAUGGACUUUGAUUGCAGUGUGUACUAACAUUACUGUGUGCUCCUAGCUAGCCGUGUGCUAUAACUCAUGUGCUGCCUUGUGUUUGCUGUGCCUUUAUUUUGGGGAAUUAUUAUGUCCUGUACUUGAUUUAUUUUCCAGUGAUUCGUGCCUGUAAAUAGUGGUGUUGGGUAGUGGGGACUGAUUUAUCCUGGGUCUGUACAUUGCCAUCUGUGGAUUUCUCUGUGGGACAGUGAAAUGUGUGCACCUUGCCAACCUGUGUAAAAUAAACUGUGAAAAACUUACGUUCUGUCUGGUUGUUGUGUCUCAGAGGGAAUUCACCUGUGUGGGUUAACUAGUGCUUGGUCACGACAAUUUGGCGUAAGUCUGCAGAAUCCCUCCUUUGACACAACACCAUGACAGAACCGCAAGGUGCACCAGCAGCGAGUAACAUGAUGAUGGUACCAUGGUUCAUGGGUGGGCCCUGGGUGCCUAAGUAUGCAGGGAAGGGGGGCCAGCAGACACUAACAGAGUGGCGCAGCCAGAUAGAGGUGUACUUGAGAGCGCAAUCAUUGUCUGCAGAGCAAAAAGCAGAUUUUGUUUUGAGUGCGCUAGAGGGGGAUGCUAGGAGAGAAAUACAGCUACUGAAGGACUCAGAGAAGGACACUGAUGAAAAGAUAUUUAAUGUACUGGAGAAAGCUUUUGGGGACAAUGUAAGCACCAGUCAGCUCAGAGCAAAGUUUUUUAAAUGUCAGCAGCAGACAGGGGAAGGGGUGGGGCCAUUCAUUCUGCGUCUUCGUGAGUCCCAUGCUAGGUGGCGGAAAAAGGAGCCGACGGCCGGAUCAGACGACGAGAUGCUGCGAGGCCAGCUGGUGUUGGGUCUUCUGCCAGGACCAAUACAGGUGGAGCUGCAGAGGCGCGUGCGCAGAGAGCAAGCUCUGACAUUCGAGGAGACGUGCAAAGAAGCCAAGGCCACGGAAAAGGAAAUGACAGAAACACCCGUGAGCGUAGACACCCGCAGAACAUACAGUAGUCCACCUCAGCCAGCCCCACCUGCCUCAUCUGCCCCGCCUGCCCCGUCAGACCCGCUGCAGGACUGGAAAAGCUUAAAAGAGACCCUGAGAUCUGAACUUGUAGAUGAGUUGCGCGCCCAAGUGUCCGACUUGAAAACUUCACUGCUGACCGAGAUGCGGACGCAACAAGGAGCCCGACGUCAACCUGAGGCGGCUGCUGUGGCUGACCAAGGAGGAAGUCGCGCACGGCGGAGGACUAGGCAGCCUCAGUGGGAUGAGCAAGGGCGACCGAUCUGCCUGGGGUGUGGGCAAGCCGGCCACAUGCUUCGUGACUGUCGAGCACCAGAGGUAGCGAACCAGCGCAGUGUGGAGGCGGCAGAAGAGGAAAGAGCCCCCGAAGCCCCAAUAAGAGCCGCCCUGGUGGGAGAGAGUCCAGAAGUCGAAGUCUUCAUCCAGGGUAAGCGCAUUCCUUGUAUUAUUGACACGGGGUCUCAGGUCACCUUGUUGAGUCGUGGCCUGUUCCAGCAGUACCUGCAGGGGGCUGAGCUGAAGGAGGUUAAGACCAUCCCCUGGUUAACCCUCAAGGCCGCAAACGGCCUCUCCCUCCCGUAUGUGGGGUAUGCGCUAUUAGACUUUGAAGUUGGGGGCGUGGCUGUACCAGAAAAGGGAGUGGUAGUUGUAGAAGACAAAUACUUGCCUCCCUCAUAUGGGAUUUUGGGUAUGAAUGUGAUACAGCACUGUUGGGAAGGCCUUCGCCAGCAGGGGGGGCAUGGGUUCACCUUGUUUAAGUCCACUCUCCCUAGGGCCGCUGUGGAUGCGUGGGACCGUGCAUUUGCAGCCUGUCGACGACUGGAGGUGGAGGAGCUACGAGGGCCCAGUCUGGGAGUGGCUCGCCUGCGGGCCAUUGCCCCCCUACAACUUGCCCCACAGACAGAGACUGCAGUAUGGGCCUGUGUACCCGAAGCACCAAGAGCCAGUGGUGAGAGCGUACUGAUUGAAGAUUGCUACCAUGGUGGGCAGGAGUGGUGCGUGGGCCGCGCCGUCACACGACUACAGAACAGCCAGGUUCUACUGCGUGUGUGUAACCCUCACCCGUACCCUGUGGCUCUACCUCCCCGCCGCCCCCUUGCUCGAGUGUUACGACUAGGACUGGACGACGUGCAAGCCCCAAAUCAACUGGUGCUGCGCCAGGAGGCUGACUCAGUGGUGGAGGUUGACGUAAGGCCGGUGCGUAACUCCUUUCCAACUUGCCUUACGCCACUACUGGAAGAAGCAGAUGGCCUGACCCCUCCCCAGACCGAUCAGCUCAGAGAAUUGCUGCAGCGAUGGCAGCCAGUGUUCGCCCAAAGUGAAGAGGAUUAUGGGUGCACUAGCGCUGUAUACCACACCAUUCCCACAGGGGAGGCUGCGCCCAUCCGUCAGCGGUACCGGCCGGUGCCACCAAGUCUCUACGCUGAACUACGGACAUUGUUGCGGGGGAUGUUGGAUGGGGCAGUCAUCAAAGAGAGCUCAAGUCCAUGGGCCUCCCCAGUGGUGCUUGUGCGCAAGAAGGAUGGCGCAUGGCGAUUUUGUGUGGAUUACAGGCGCCUGAAUGCUGUCACGCAUAAAGACGCCUACCCCCUCCCCAGGGUGGAGGAGUCUUUGACUUGCUUGAAGAAGGCCGAGUGGUACUCCACGUUAGAUCUGGCAAGCGGGUACUGGCAAGUCGAGGUCCACCCUGCCGAUAAAGAGAAGACUGCCUUCGCAACGCCCAUGGGUCUGUACGAGUUCGAGAGGAUGCCCUUUGGGCUAUGCAACGCGCCUGCGACGUUCCAGCGACUCAUGCAACGCUGUCUGGGCGGGCAAGUACAUGAUUUCCUCCUUAUUUAUCUUGAUGAUGUGAUUCUGUACUCACCAGAUUUUGAUUCUCAUCUGACCCAUCUAGAGAAAGUGUUCACCAAAUUGAAGGAGCAUGGACUGAAGUUACAGCCGACUAAAUGCCGGCUGUUCCAGCGCUCUGUCCAAUACCUGGGCCAUGUGGUGGGUGCUGGAGGAGUGUCGACGGAUCCCCAGAAGACGGAGGUCGUCAGAAACUGGCCGGUGCCGACCACCGUACGUGAAGUACGGUCGUUCCUGGGGUUUGUCGGGUACUACCGCCGGUUCAUUCCAGCGUUUGCACGGAAGGCGGGCCCGUUGCAUGCACUGUUGAGGGGGACCGGUGGUAGUAAGAGCAGGCCCGUCGACUGGACCGCAGACUGCGAGCAAGCGUUCCAGGCCUUGAAGGGGGCCAUGCUGGAAGCUCCAGUGUUGGCCUACGCCGAUUUCACACGGCCUUUCCGACUCUACACGGACGCCAGCUUGCACGGGCUGGGGGCAGUCCUGGCACAAGUCCAGGAGGGGAAGGAGCGUGUAAUUGCCUAUGCAAGUCGUGGUCUACAUGAUGCUGAACGGAAUGACCAGAACUAUAGCGCAUUCAAACUUGAACUCCUGGCCUUGAAGUGGUCAGUAACUGAAAAGUUUAAGGAUUACUUGUGGGGUGCCACCUUCCAAGUAUUCACCGACCACCGGCCGCUGCUCCACUUAAAGACUGCUAAAUUGGGGGCAGUGGAGCAGCGGUGGGCUGCCCAACUGGCGAACUUCGAUUUCUCCUUGAGCCACAAACCCGGGGUGGAGCAUCAAAAUGCAGACGCGCUGUCGCGUCUUCAGGGGGUGGCGGCGGCAAGGAGAGUGGAGGCCAUGGGGCCAGAAGAGCGAGUGUCAUGGGCAGAGCGACAGGACAAGGAUCUUGACCUGGCAAAGAUUCGUCAGUGGCGGCAGACGGGAAAUCCCCCAACAUACCGUGAGCGGCGGACUCUGCAGCCCCCGGGCCGUCAAUUGCUGGGGGAAUGGGAGCGGCUAGAGGUACGAGACGGGGUCCUGGUCCGGCUUAGCCCAUCGCCAAAGGGCUACCGGAGGGGCGCCGCCAUUGUGGUCCCUACAAAGGAGCGGAAGACAAUAUGGCAGCAGUACCACGCGGCGCUGGGCCACGCCCGGGGUUUCCGUCUGGUCGAAGCCUUACGGGAGCGAGUCUUCUGGAUUGGAAUGAGCCAGGACAAUCACAAGUGGGGGCAAAACUGCCCCCAGUGUGUGCUCAACCAUUCAGCUGCAGAUGCCCGAGCCGCAUUGUGUGGCAUUGAAAGUAGCUACCCAUGGGAGACGCUAGCCCUGGAUUACUUGUCGUUGGGGCGGCCAGGCGACAGUCACCCUUACAUCCUCGUCAUGGUGGACCUAUUCUCCAGGUUCGCUUUUGCCGUCCCAACGAGGGACCAGACGGCCACAACGACUGCCAGAGCGUUGUGGGCAUCAGUGUUCCAGCCCUUUGGCUGUCCGGAGCGGAUCCUGACUGACCAAGGGCCUGCAUUUGAGGCAGACUUAACACGGCAGCUGUGUGAGUCCUAUGGGUGCCGUAAGGUGCGAACCACCCCUUACCACCCCCAGGGCAAUGGUGCCUGUGAAAGACUGAACCAGACCAUUCUCCACCUCCUGAAUUCACUGCAACCAGCCGAGCAGUCACGGUGGAGUGAUCAUCUGCCAGCGUUACUGCAUGCCUACAAUAACACCCCACAUAGCGUGACUGGACUAGCCCCGUUUUACGUGGUUUUUGGCAGACACGCUCGCCUGCCGGUGGACCAGGCGGCAGGGGUGGAGAUGGAGCAGCAGCGAGGAACUUUGCAUGAGUGGGUCCAGCAGCACCACUCUCGCCUCCAGACCGCUUAUCAAGUGGUCAAGGAACGAAGUCAACACAGACAACAGCAGGACCAGAAGAGACACAACCGCGGGCCACCCUCCCAGCCGCUGUUGCCCGGAGAAAGGGUCCUAGUGCGAGACUUCCGUCGCAGGGCCAGAGGGAAGUUGGGCUACCAUUGGGAUCCCAGACCGUAUGUGGUCCAGAGCCAGCUUGCUGUGGACCGGCCGGUCUACAGCAUCCGACCUGAAGGGAGAGAUGGACCCGUACGCACCAUCCAUCGGAACCACCUGCGGGUGCAGCCAUCCAGCUGGGCAGCUGGGGCUCGUGGAGGCGCAGGUGAGUGGGCGGGGGCUCAGCAGUUAGUGGAGCAAGAUAGGGCCCCAGAAUUGGCUAGGGGGUGGUGGCCAAUUAGCAUACCAUGUGGGCAACGGCACCCAGGGGUGGGCGAGGUCGAGGGGGCAGGUGAUGAGGGUGGGGCAGCCCAACCUGAUGGACCUGAGAGACUUGAUGGAGGACAAGAGGGGGAUGUCCCAGGGCCUCGUCGGUCCUUGCGUCCCAACCUUGGGUUGCCGCCAAGCAGAUACCGGGACUAGUGGUCAGGGACGACCACUGACAAACUGGGGGGGAGUGUCACAUUCUGGGUUUUCACUGUUGCACGUUUUGUUAUGAUCUCUUGUUUGUAAAACCACUUCAUAUGUUUGGGGUUGGACUGUGGGACUGAUCAGCUGGAAAUGAUUGAAUAGGGAUGGACUCAUAAUUGGAUGAUUGAGAGACGCGUGGGAAGAGAUCUUUUUAUACAGGUGACUUGGUGACGGGAGAGAGACUCGACUUCCCAGAUGGCCCGGGGAGGGACGUCAUCAGGCUGCGCCCGGAAGUGGAGGAGCCCUGCCGGCGUUUGGAGAUGGGAUUCUGAUAUGCAUGUUUACAUGCCGCCUAAAGGAAAGUAAUUGUGCCGGUACUUUUUGAUUUGGUGUGAAUGGGCCAUUGUCGGGUGAUGCUCGAGGCUUGAUUGCUGUUUUGUUCCGGAGGUGAGCUGCGACGGGAGCUGGAGCCGAGGUCGGGCUGCGAUGGGAACAGGAGCCGAGGUCCACGACAGAGAGAUGAAUUCAAGGCUCCAAUCUGCAGCGGCUAAAGGGAAGUGCUUCUCUCAAACCCUUACCUGAUGUGUGUGUGUGGGUUGCUGCUGGGUUGGUUUUGCGCUGAGACCUGCUUUUGAUCUUGGCAGGGCCGUGGCGAGCGUGGGGCUAAGCGAGGUCUACGCUGGAGGUACGACGCGACGCUGGGUCCUGCUUGUUGAGAGCGCAUCGCCUGGCUCUACACGGGGACUGUGGUGGCCUAUCGUUUUCUUUGGUCGGCGAGGGGGAGCCGCCGACCAAACGUGGAUUUCUUCACCCUCACUUCGGGUUGGCGGGGCACCCGCGCCACUUACAGAAUUGGACCAAGUCAGCCCUCUCGUGUGGGUGAUCGUGCGAUCAUUGGGAACUGAGUCGAGUAUCUGGACUGGGGAUACAUCUGUGGUGAGCUAACCUGUGACUGUGCCAUACUGUGCGUGAUAUUGUGGUCAACCGUUUGCCGUGUGCUGCUUGUCCUCCCUGCGUGUAGUGUAGUAGUCCUAGUGUGUGUACUAGUGAAGCAAUUUGCAGUGUGCUGUGUGUGAUUCUCAACCAAGAGUGCAGUGUUCUCGUGGAUUGCUGUGUGUUCCAAAUCGGUCGCAGUGUAACGUGCAUAUGGACUUUGAUUGCAGUGUGUACUAACAUUACUGUGUGCUCCUAGCUAGCCGUGUGCUAUAACUCAUGUGCUGCCUUGUGUUUGCUGUGUCUUUAUUUUGGGGGAAUUAUUAUGUCCUGUACCUGAUUUAUUUUCCAGUGACUCGUGCCUGUAAAUAGUGGUGUUGGGUAGUGGGGACUGAUUUAUUCCGGGUCUGUACAUUUGCCAUCUGUGGAUUUCUCUGUGGGACAGUGAAAUGUGUGCACCUUGCCAACCUGUGUAAAAUAAACUGUGAAAAACUUACGUUCUGUCUGGUUGUUGUGUCUCAGAGGGAAUUCACCUGUGUGGGUUAAUUAGUGCUUG